GCGGCCCGAGCAGCCCGCUCCCGCCGGUCCCCCGGUCCCCCCGGUGGCCCCGGCCCUGGCCGCGGCCCCCGCGGCCGUCCCCCGAGCUCGUCCCGGACGCGCGCCCGGGCGGCGGGGCUCGGCGGCCGCCACUGCCUCGGGGGAGCGAGGGCGGGAGGGUGUGUGUGCGCGCGUGUGAGCAGGGGUGCCGGCGGGCUGCAGCGGAGGCACUUUGGAAGAAUGACUCUGGAGUCCAUCAUGGCGUGCUGCCUGAGCGAGGAGGCCAAGGAAGCCCGGCGGAUCAACGACGAGAUCGAGCGGCAGCUCCGCAGGGACAAGCGGGACGCCCGCCGGGAGCUCAAGCUGCUGCUGCUCGGGACUGGAGAGAGUGGCAAGAGUACGUUUAUCAAGCAGAUGAGAAUCAUCCACGGGUCAGGAUACUCUGAUGAAGACAAAAGGGGCUUCACCAAGCUGGUGUACCAGAACAUCUUCACAGCCAUGCAGGCCAUGAUCAGAGCCAUGGACACACUCAAGAUCCCCUACAAGUACGAGCACAAUAAGGCUCAUGCACAAUUAGUUCGAGAAGUUGAUGUGGAGAAGGUGUCUGCUUUUGAGAAUCCAUACGUAGAUGCAAUAAAGAGUUUAUGGAAUGAUCCUGGAAUCCAGGAAUGCUAUGAUAGACGACGAGAAUAUCAGUUAUCUGACUCCACCAAAUACUAUCUUAAUGACUUGGACCGCGUGGCCGACCCUACUUACCUGCCUACGCAACAAGACGUGCUCAGAGUUCGAGUCCCCACCACAGGGAUCAUCGAAUACCCCUUUGACUUACAAAGUGUCAUUUUCAGAAUGGUCGAUGUAGGAGGCCAAAGGUCAGAGAGAAGAAAAUGGAUACACUGCUUUGAAAAUGUCACCUCUAUCAUGUUUCUAGUAGCGCUUAGUGAAUAUGAUCAAGUCCUCGUGGAGUCGGACAAUGAGAACCGAAUGGAGGAAAGCAAAGCACUCUUUAGAACAAUUAUCACGUAUCCCUGGUUCCAGAACUCCUCGGUUAUUCUGUUCUUAAACAAAAAAGAUCUUCUAGAGGAGAAAAUUAUGUAUUCCCACCUAGUUGACUACUUCCCAGAAUACGAUGGACCCCAGAGAGAUGCCCAGGCAGCUCGAGAAUUCAUCCUGAAGAUGUUCGUGGACCUGAACCCAGACAGUGACAAAAUUAUCUACUCCCACUUCACAUGCGCCACAGACACCGAGAACAUCCGCUUUGUCUUUGCUGCCGUCAAGGACACCAUCCUCCAGUUGAACCUGAAGGAGUACAAUCUAGUCUAAUUGUGCCUCCUCGACACCGCCCCUCCCUUCCCUGGUGGGCUAUGGAAGCUAUACAAGAGGGACUGUAUUUCUGUGGAAAACAAUUUGCAUAAUACUAAUUUAUUGCCGUCCUGGACUCUGUGUGAGCGUGUCCACAGAGUUUGUAGUAAAUAUUAUGAUUUUAUUUAAACUAUUCAGAGGAAAAACAGGAUGCUGAAGUACAGUCCCAGCACAUUUCCUCUCUAUCUUUUUUUUAGGCAAAACCUUGUGAUUCAAUAUAUUUUAAAUUCUCAGUCAUGCACUCACAAAGAUAAGAGUUGUUUCUUUCUUUUUCUCUCUUUUUUAUUUUCUAUUGAGCAAAACGAAGCUGAUUCCCCUCUUCCUAACCCAUACCUCCCUCCUGAUUUUUCCUGGGUUACAAUGGCCUUUAUUCUAUUUCAUUUUUGGUCAAGUUUUUCCCUUGAAUGACACAGUCAGGACGAUGUCAUUCAAUUUAAGCCAUCAACAUCAGCUUAAUUUAACAGUUUAUAGUUUUUGCUGAAGGAUUAUAGGUAUUAAUACUAUGGUUUUAAGUGUAUUGCUCUGGAUACACACAUAGAGUUUUUUUAUAUAAGUAUAUUGUCUUGCCUCACUUUGGGCUGGGACAGCGGGUGCCCAUCUAAUGGUUAAGUGUCAUUUCUUUUGGGUUUCUACCUUCAGCCAUCACUUGGUUGCUCAGAGAACUGUGCAAAAGUCAGUAAGGCCAGGACGGAGACAGCCGGAAGGAGUCCUUUGAGACACCAUGUGCCAUUGUCCUUUCUCUCGUCCUUGCUUCCUUUUCUUUUUUUCACCCUCUCUUCCUUAAAUUGCAGAUGCCAAAAAAUAUGCCAACAGACACUACAUUACCCCAGUGGCUGCUACCCAGAACCUUUUCAUAGGUUGCUCUUAAUUUUUUUUUCCUCAGUUCAAACUUUUCCUCCCUUUUUUUCUUAGUAUUUGGGCCACAAUUUCUAAAUGACUUUCAUUAUGGGUAUGUAUUGCCAAAGCUGGCUUUUUGUAAAACAAAAUUACUAAGAACUUAAAAGAUAAAAGCCGGUAUCUUAAAAUAUAGGAGAGUAAGACUGUGAAGCCUGAAAUGAUUGACUGAGAAUGAACCUGAAACACCAAUUGCCAAACGAUUGGUAACUGUACAUUUGAUUCUCAUGGUCCAUUCUUUUCUUUGCCCUUAAGAUCACAUCGGUUAGUGUCCACGUUCCAUGUUGAGUGUCCCAAUCGACAAUGUGGAAAAGUGUCCUGUGAUGCAACAUGAGAUCUACUCAUAUCUCUUCAUUUGAAGGCAAUUUUUCUCUCUUUCUGUUCUGUAAGGUCGAGUAGGUCUGCCAAGAACAUUGGUUGAUAGUAUGAUUCUGACACCUAAUUUAAUUUGCAAAAUCUGAAGUUAACUGCUAGUUUACCACCUUUGGGAUCUUUUUAAACUAGUGACUGGUUAAGUUGAACUUAAGGAAGAUUUGUGGACCUAAUUCAAAAGUAACCUCUCAGUGUUCUAUAGAACAUGCAUUUAUGUGACCGAGCCUACUAGGAGAGGUGUUUGGAAUUCUAUAUGUGCAAUUCUUCAACAAAUGCAAAAAAUACAGCACAUGUAUUGAUGAGCUUCUGUCAAGCAGCUUGAAUUGAAAUACGAUUUAAGGAAAUAAAUUGUGAUUGUUUUAAACCUGCUGGGAAGUUAGAAUUAGGCCAUGACACUGGUCUCAUUUUAACGGCAAUACUAUUUGGCACAAGUCUAAACUUCCGUAUAAAUCACUCUUUUGGAACAACAAAAGGGAGGGAGAAAAUUAAUGGCUUAUGAGAUGAGUCCCAGAGUUACUCAUUAGCAAUGGAAUGUUCUCAUUCUUUACUCUCCCAGCCUCAAACAACACAGGUUACUUUUUUCCUUGCUCAGAAAGCACCUGUAAUUUAAUUAAGAAACAGACUGCUUGUAGGUAUAGUGCAAUUAUGAAUGCUCUAAUCAUUGUACAUACAUCUCUCUCGAUAUCGCAGCAUCCAUACUGGCUUUGUAAUCAUUAAUUUUUUGGCAGAUUGAAUGUGCUGUAUUGAUAUGUAUCUAUGUAAUUGUAUUGUAUGUCUUAUAGCUAAUUCACAUUUUGAAUAAUGUUAUUUUAUUUACUUUUUUAAGAGAGGAGAAUGUAAAUUUGUCAGUUUAUUUCUGACUAGGGAUUUUUUUUUCCAUUUAGAAAAGAAGAAAAAAAAAAACUUCCUAUCGUACAGAGCGGUACUAGCAUCGUGCUGUAUAAAAUCAUUUGCACAUUCCUGAGUAGAGGUAUACUGACUAUGAGACCCAAAGGUAAUUUCAUAGCAAAAUACAUAAAAUCAGUCAGAGCUUUUAUACAAACAUGGAAACCAACUUUGUAGAACUUUUGCCAUUUGACCUGGGGUUGGAAUAUGAGCUUUUAUACAAUUCAUAUUCUUAUGUGGCAAAUGCACAGUUUAGUAUCACCUCUCUGAUGGCCUUUAUUAGAAAGGCAGUUUUAGAAGCUAUUGUGAUCCACUAAGGAAAUGUUUUAACAGCUAGAGACCACUGCUUGCCUGAAAGGGCGAUCUUAAAUUUGGUGCAGCAAAAAAAAAAAAAGAAAAAAAAAGUAAACAACAACAUUUGAAGGCCUACAGUGUGUAUAGAGAACACCUCAUCACAAGAUCCUAAGUGUUAGAGUUUUAGGGAAUCGAGAUCUUCUAUUUAAUAGAGCUAUAGUAGAUGUAGUCAAUUAAACCUGAUCUCCACGCUCGAGCAAGCGGAGCGAAAUAGGGAAAGGUUGUGACACUCGUCUUUAUGAAAUCGGGAUGGAAUUGCUAUGCAGAAUUGAGGUUUGUGGCUUCACUGUUCAUCUUGGGGUGCAUGACAAGAUCCCUUCUCUUGAGAAAGGAAACAAUUGAUCACCCUAGCUGCAGUGACGCGUAGAGACCUACUUGUAUCCACACUAGUCAAUUGAAGCUAAAGGAUUUUCUUUUUCAUUUCUUUGUUUGGGGUUUUAUUGAAGGGGUUAGGGGCGGGAAGGGAUUCUUUUCAGUUUUGUAUAAAAACAAAGUUUACUCAUGCUUUAUAUUAUAUUGUGAUUGCAAGCGUUAUAAGCGUGUGCCACUGGCCUCCAACUGUUGAUGUUCUAGGUAGCGGAGGCCUGGGGCGAGUUUUAUGGUGACUUGGGCAUGUCUUAUUCAGAAACAAAAACACACAACACAAAAACCUUUCUUUCAGCAUACCAAGGCAAGCAGCCAUUUCGUGACUCGCGCACCACAUUGCAGUGUACCCGUUUACAGAGGCGUUUCCCUUCUGCGCGUGACACGGCAGUUCCAACCCUCAGAGAAUUCCUUAUUUGUAAAUUGGAGGUUUGUACUAUGCCUUACAGAGCUUAAAUUCAGGAGCUUGUGCCUCAUAUCUGAAACAAAGGGAAAUAACACACCCAUUCAAAAGUAAAUAAAUCCCCUCAAAGUUUUGUUUUUUUUUUUUUAAACAUUGCCAUAUAAAGAGCUCUGUUGAAUGUCAUGAAUCGACUGAGGGAAAAAAAUCUUAGGAAGCUGCAUAUGUUGUUUACUAGCAGAUGACAUCUACAAAAGGUAUUUGAAACUUGUAUUCUUUUUCUAGAUUAACUAGCAGGCCUAAUAUUUAAAAAAGGUAAUUCAGCUAAAGGACAAUUUACUUUUGUACUUCAGACUAUCUUGAUUGUCAAGGUGUACGAACUGUAAUUUUAAAAUUUAUACUGCCACAUGAUUGUAAAUUUUAGUUGUCUUAAGUUAGGAAUUGGUGAAAAGCUAUUUAUGCUGGAUUUGGGUCAAAAUGACUAUUAUUUGCAAAAAAAUAAAAAAAAUAAUGGGAAGAAAGGGCUGCAUAAUGAGAUACUGCAAGACUCAGAUAUUGUUGGAAAUACCCUUCAGAUUACCCUCAAUUUCCCUUUGUUUUCAGUUUCUCAAGAAGAACGAAUGAAAUGAAAUAUAGCAGAAUGUUAACCCAUAUAAAAAUAAAGUGUACCCAAAUAUUGUAAUGUAUAUUGCUGCUCUUCUUAAAAUUAAAUAAGGGUUUAAAACCA